CUCUCCACUUGCAAAGCCUAAUGUAACAUUUGUGAUUGUUUGUGUGUUUUGUCAAAAAAAUAUACAAAACACACAAACAAGGAAGACUGGACUAGCUUUGUUGCCUGGCUGUUGGGGUCGCUCGUCAGCACCCAACAGGUGAAUCAAUCAAUCAGCACAAUAAAAACAAGCUGUAGUUUAAUGAGGCAAAGGUUCAACAAUUUGACAAAGACAUGGAGCUAACCCUAGCCGAUGUGUCCAAGAGCUUUUGUUGCCCAUCUCCUUCAGAACUGGACUGUGGCUUUUUGGAGCAGAGUUUGUCUGUGUCAACUCUGUCACUGGAGGGACAUUCCAUGUCACUUCUGCCUACCAAUGGAAUUGUUGUUGACUACUGGGACUCCCGGGCCGCCAACCUGACCUCCUUUCAGUCUCCCAAUGCUGCUUCACCUGCUGAGACCCAGAACCUGAACACCAUGCUGUCUAAGGAGGUCACAACCCCGUGGCUCACCGUACCUGUAGGGAGUAAGUCCUCUACUCCCACUCAGCCAGUGCUCUUCCAGAAACCCAAACUAGCUUGCCCAUUGGAGCAGACCUACCUUGAGCUGUCUGCCUCACAGAAACCCAAAACAGCCAGCUUGUUGGAUCUGUCCUACGUUGAUCUCACUGCCUCACAGGUUGCUUGGGAGGUCUCGCUAAUCAAACCUGAGACCAACAGCCCCAAACCGAUCCUUGAGUCAAGCACGUUAGAGUUGACCUGUAGUCCCAAAUACCAGUCUGCACCACUGUCCCUGGCUGAGAUCUCCCUGAUCUGGUCAGGAACACCUCCAUAUGCCAACAACACUGAGGAGAACCACAGAUCGUGGAACGAGGCCACUAUGGGUUCGAGCCUGAGCCAGACCUCAAGUUCAGCUCCAGCUGAACAAGCCAAAGUUAGCAUGUGACAACGCUGUUGUGAAACCUUAAG